AUCGAACGCAGUGCAACGCGCCAUUUUGAAAACACCGGCAUUCGCGUAAACAAAACGUUUGUGUUGGUAGCUUGGUCGGCUUCAUAAUCCAUCGUAAUCAUGAAAUUAGUCAGAUUUUUGAUGAAACUAAGUCACGAAACUGUGACAGUAGAGCUGAAGAAUGGUACUCAGGUCCACGGCACGAUAACUGGUGUUGAUGUGGCCAUGAACACUCACCUGAAAGCUGUCAAGAUGACAAUGAAAAAUCGUGAACCAGUGCAGCUUGAUAGUUUGAGCAUCCGAGGCAACAACAUUCGAUAUUACCUCUUGCCAGACAGCCUGCCGUUGGAGACACUGCUCAUUGAUGACACGCCCAAAGCCAAAGCUAAGAAGAAAGAGGCUGCCACGAUGGGCCGUGGUCGUGGAAGGGGCAGAGGCCGUGGCCGAGGACGAGGUGGUGCCAGGGGCCGAGGACGACGGUAGACAUCGGCCAAGGCACAAAGGUGUGCAAGCAAGACGUCAUUUGAGGAGUGCAGCACCAGUUGUGGGGGCUGUGUUCAGAGUUGCUGCAAUUAGGCAGAGCAACAUGUUUUUCUUUUUUCAUCCCACUGGCCUCGCCAUUACUGUUCUCUUGAUUGAACAUUCAUUCAUGGUAACUUUCCCACAGCCUCCAGCCAUCUCAUAUUAAGCAUCAUGACCCUAACAAAUAAUAUGUUCACAUACACAGAAGUUGAAUCCUAAAUUAAAGUACUUUGCUUCAGCUGCAUAUUGCAUACGUAAAGGCAGUCAAAAUAAGUUGCUCUUCGUGAAAGCAGUGACAUGAGGCAUCCUUUUGCGUGGGUAACUUGUACCAUAGCAUCCACUUCAGCUGCAAUGGACUAUCUUCAAAAAUUUGCUUUCGAUUUUUACAUCUUGGACUACAUCACACAUUCGCAUUGUACAUAUAUACAAACUUUUUUUUUUUUAAUCAUCUGACAGAUGUUUGUUUAGUUUAACAUGCAGUGAAAUAAAAUACAUGGUGCCGAAA